UUGGUGGUUGCAUAGUAGUUGCGUUUCGCGCUGUUUGAGUGCCUCCUGCCCACCGCUCACAGCAUGGUAGACACCUUUUGACAUGAUGGAGGAAGAGGCCGUGGAGCUUCUUAGGCCUCGUCCUGGGAAUGGCGUUGUAUCGCGGGAAUUUUGCUUGUGCCAUUGCGUUCAAUGCAUCGCAGGAAAAGCAAACCCGAUUUACUUUGCAGAGUUGGGAAACUUUGUUUGAAGCUGCUAAAUGCAGGCAGGACGAGCUAUACCUUCUUGUGCGAGAGCCACUGCACCGAGGAGAGCGUCCGCGGAUGGUACCACCGCAAGUGCUACAGUACAUACACUAACAAAACGUUGCUGGGUCGGCUGCCACUUGGACGUGGCCAUGACUUUUCAAGCCAUUCUGAAUUGGAGGAGAUACAUGUAUGUGAUGAUGGGACACCAUGUACCAGCAAAGCGUAGAACAAGGAGAGAUGUACAAUGAUUGAAUCCACAUCUGCAGACUUGUGCCUCAUGACAUGUGCAUCUAGCAGAGUUGGAGAACAACGCAAGAAUUUUGGCUUUCGCUCCAGAAUGGCCCAGAUUGCGUUGCAGCGGAAAUCCACUAUCAACGUCGGAGCAUGCUACAGUGCCUUCACCCACCUGGCCACUAUGCACCGGCAACGAAGUGGCAAAGGGAGUGACCAGCCGUCGGCCUACGAAACAUUUGACAGCCUGGUGCUGUAUAUACAGUCCGAGUUGAAGUCUGCAAAGGCCUUGCCCAUGAAGCUUCUCACGGAUAAGUACAAUAACUGCAAACGGCACCAGCUUGGCCGACCAUCACACUCCGCCUUAGUAUCCAACUUUCAUGCUGAAAAAGAAGAUAAUGAGCUACUUGGGGACCAGCAAUUGACAUGUAUGGUAAGUGGCAUGGGUAUACAGGCGCACUCUUCACGGAGCAACCGCUUGUCUGUGUCGUCUGGAAACGGUCCGAUGGCCGGUAAUACCCAGUCAUUGCCGAACAGUCAUACUAGUAACGCACCUGGCCCGACCCCAACCAUCCCAGUCCAGCCGGUCGCCGCAGAUUUCCUGCCCGCAUCCACGUCCACUCCGCACCCCAGUGUCCGGCAAGAGAACGGGCCCAAUGCCAGGAGUUACGACGGGCCCACUGCCAGGAAUUACGAUAGGCUCACUGCCAGGAGUUACGAUAGGCCCGCUGCGAUAUCCGCUGGGCUUGUCCCCGCCUAUGUCGUGUUGCCCACUCAUUUCGGCUUCAAAGGAUCCGCUACUCCGCCGCGUCAGGUGAACACCAGUGGAUCAGUUUCAUCUUUGGGUACUACAUCAGCCUCCAGUACAGAUGUGUCGGCUAGUACGGCUUUGACUACAACCUCGGGUGCGAGGUAACCAGUGGCGGCUGCGGUGUCUUCUACAGCGCCAUCUCAACCACGGUCGCAGCAGGUUCUUGCUGAUCUCUAGCGUGCUAUGUGGUGUGUGAGUGUGUGCGCGCGCGGGCGGACGCGCACACACAAUGCCAUGUGUUGUGCGGUGUGUGUGCGUGCGUGUGGGGUUUGUGUAUGUGUGUGUGCGAGCGCGCGCGCACAAUGCCAUGUGUUGUGCGGUGUGUGUACGCGCAUGCACACAAUGCCAUGAUGAGGGUGAAGGCAGUUUCGACAGUGGAUUGGACUGUAAGUCCGACUGUGAAUCGGACAGUGAGUCUGAAAGCUAAGGCUGGUGGACCGCACUAUUGAAGUUUUUGAAUUGAUUUGAAUUUGAAUUGUACUUUUCCACUCUGCAGCAAAUGACUAAUACACUACUGCGCUAUUAUUUACAACAUCUUCCAUAUCGCUCGUUUGCUAAGAUCAGCUUAUGAUCGCUAUCACUCUGCCGUUUUCCGGUGUCCUUUGCUUCGCUCGUGCUAGCUCUCUUCCGCUGGUGUUGUCGAGAUAGUGUCCCAAUAAAUGAAAUCCUCUCAUACGAAA